AUGUCGCGUCCAUACACACCGCGGGGUACAUCCCCCGACUCGGGCCUCGCGCCUCCGGCGAAUCCCUUUGCCUCAAACCCGUUCGACACCGAUAACGAGUCCAGUAUUGCUCCUACGCCUAACGACUCUACCUCUACCGUCAAUGCCAUCCCACAGUCGUCACUCCCUGGCGAUUCUCGCACACCCUAUGGCGCAGAUCAAAGGUCGAGCUGGGCCGACUCCUCCAACCACCGCCUGAGCAGACCCGAUAUUCCUUCGCCCUUGGCUAGAGAAGUCCCCGUCACCAACGAGAAAGUCAACCAGCAACCGUCAUCUGACACGGAUGUCGAGGCCAGUCACGUCCCGCCCGUUGUUUCGGACCCUGAGAAGGUGAACGAGAAGCAUACGACAGCUCUUCCAGCCUCGUCCGGUGCUUCAUUUCCCAAGCGACUAUACAACCGCUUUCGAGCAACCUACUGUCCCAAGGAGGAGCCGCCUCUGGUCCUCCCUGUCUGCCCCAACGACACCGAGAAGCUUAGCUACGUUCACACCAACCGCAUUCUUCUUUACGUCUUCGGUGUCUUCUCGUUCCUCUCGCUCGGCGCCGGUAUGUGGUUGUUUGCCCUCUCCGCUCCGGCAUUCUACUGGUAUGGCGUGUUUGCGGGUGCCAUGUGCAUCUACCUUCUUAUCUCGUACGCUGUCGGUAUCAUCGGAAGGGAUUGGGACUACAAGGCCCAUUUGGAAUUAGUCGAGCGCUUUCCAAUCACUGGGGACAAUGCCCCGACCGUCGACAUCUUCUUGCCCUGCUGCUCGGAGCCGGUCGAGAUCCUCGAGAACACCUACAAGCACAUUGUCAAUAUUGACUGGCCCGCUUCCAAGCUCCAGGUACAUGUCAUGGAUGACGGCGCCUCGGAGCCCGUCCGUCUGCUUGCUCAAAAGUACGGCUUCAAUUACUCCGUCCGUGACGACCGCCCUCGCCUCCGAAAAGCGGGUAACCUGAGAUGGACGUUUGCCAAGACCAACGGAGACUUCUUCGCCAUUUUCGAUGCCGACUUUUGCCCGCGCCCCGACUUCCUCAAGGAGCUGAUGGUGGAACAUUUGGGUGACGAUAAGACGGCCCUUGUUCAGAGCCCCCAGUACUUCCGUGUCACCGACGACCAGACGUGGGUCGAGCAGGGCGCCGGUGCCACACAGGAGCUGUUUUACCGCGUCGUCCAGGUCAACCGCAACCGAUGGGGGGCGUCUAUUUGUGUUGGAAGCAACGCGCUCUAUCGCCGCGAAUCUCUCGUCGAAGUCGGUGGAACGGCCGAGAUUGGGUUCUCGGAAGAUGUCCACACUGGUUUCGGCGCUGUUGACCGUGGCUGGAAGGUCAAGUACAUUCCUCUCUGCCUCGCUACCGGUGUCUGUCCCAAUUCUCCACGCGCCUUUUUCUCCCAGCAGAUGCGCUGGGCUCGCGGUUCAACGACUCUCCUCACCAACAGCCAUUUUUGGGUUUCCAACCUAACUUUGAUGCAAAAGAUCUGCUACCUGUCAGGUUUCAUGUACUACAUGGCUGUUUCGCUCAACAUCUUCCUCGCCCCAAUCGCCGGUACUCUUCUGCUCGCCAUCCGCCCUGAGUGGUUCAAGUUCUGGAACCUAGCCUUCGCCAUUCCUUCCAUUGCGUACGGCAUAAUUCUGAUGCGCUGCUGGGCCAAGGCCAAGUACGGUUUCAACGUGCAGCACGCCAUGACGAUCAUGAGUUACGCCUACCUGACCGCCAUCAAGGACCGUCUCUUCAACAUUGAACUUCUGUGGGCCGCCUCCGGUGAUUCCAAAGCCCACAAGAGCAACAAAUAUCGCAACAUGCGCAUUCUCUGCAUUGUAUGGACCAUCAUCGUCACCGGCUCCAUGAUCGGUGUCGUCACCUGGCGCAUCGUUACUGGUUUCACGUGGUACCACCCGCUGCCGCUCAUCAUCAUCAACGUGUACAACCUCUUCAUCAACCACUAUUUUAUGUUCUGUGACUGGUAA